GAAAUCCAAUAUGAUGUUUCUAGAAUGGUCAUUAAAUAUAUUAUUAUACAUUACUGUAAUAACAAUGGCCACUUUUACCAAUGAAAACGCAAAAAUUCCGUGCCAUACAGUACCUAAUUACCGUAAUUCAUCGAACAACGACUGUAUAAUGCCGAUUCAUUACAACCUGGAUAUGAUAGUGUUACCAGGCAUUUCAUUCAUUGGCGAGUUGAAUGCCACUUUUUAUAUUAAUUGUGAAAUAUCAAACAUAACUCUACAUAUUGCAAGAUCCGAGCAUAUAGUGAAAGUGAUGCUUAAAUCGCCUAAUGGAACAAUCUAUACUCCAAAUUUUGAUUAUUCGAUAAAUUUUGCUACUUUGAAUUUCAUUAAAUAUUUAUCGCCUGAAAAUACACACUUAGAUUGUGGAGUUUAUACAAUGUACGUAAAAUAUGAAAUCAUAUUUGUUCAUCGGCAUUAUGGAAUGUACUAUAUAAAAAAAGAAGAUAGAACAGAUAAAGAGUUUCUAUUCGCAACUUUACUUCAACCGAAAAAUGCUCGACAAUUAUUUCCGUGUUGGGACGACCCAAAAUUAAAAGCAACUUUUAACAUCACCGUCAAAUUGGAUACAAGAUACUAUGCUAUAUCGAAUACGAUAUCAAUAGAAGUCGAUUUUUCGUAUAACGGGAUGAUACGUUUACUGUUCCACAUGACACCUAAAAUUUCUGUAAACGAUGUCACGAUUAUAAUGUUCGAUUUGCAAUCAGAUUAUAUUUCCAAGAUAAACAAAAUCUAUUUUUGGAGCAAAUGGGAUUUGAUAUCUUACAAGAAAUGGGCGCAAUAUGUUGCGGGAAAUGUAAGCAUGUAUUUAGAAAACAAAUGGAGGAUUAUUUCGAGAAGCGAGCCAAAAAUGGAUUAUGUAAUUAUUCCGAUAGACUUGACCGAGUAUAAAAGGCGGAAUUGUGGAGUGAUUUUAUUCAGAGCAGCUUUAUGGCGCAUGUUAGAAAGAAUAAUUUCAUCUAAUGUAUUUUGGACAAGUAUUGACAAAUAUUUAAACAGGAAAUUUAUUUCUCCUGAUAUGGCAAAUACUUUCAAUGAUUUAUGGAGCAUUAUGCCGAUUCCUAGAAGUGUAUUAAAACUAAUAAAAUAUAAUUUGAACAUAAAUAAGAUUAUGGCUUUUUGGUCUACGCAGCAGCAUUAUCCCGUGCUAAAUGUUACACGAUAUUAUUCUAGAAAUAGUGCAAAAAUAUUCUUAGAGUCUCAGGCCGACAUGGAUCAGAAUCCAUAUUGUAUACUUGUCACAUUUACUGAAGAAGCAAAUAUAAAUUUUAAUUGGGAAAUACAGUUCUUUUAUCCAAAAAAGUGGAUAAUAUUCAACUUACAACAAAUUGGAUUUUAUCGCGUCAAUUAUGAUGGCGAAAAUUGGAAAUUAAUUGCGCGUUACUUAAAUUCUGAACAGUAUAUAAAUAUACAUGUUCUGAAUCGAGCCCAAAUCAUCGAUGACGCAUUCCAUUUGAUGAUACAGAGAAAACUUAAUUUUUCCACAUUUUGGGAACUCUCGAGUUAUUUAUGGCAAGAGAAAGAUUAUGUGGCAUGGUAUCCUAUGUUUAAAGCUCUGGAAUACAUGUCAAAUAUUAUUCCAUUUCUUAAUUCUGGACUCUAUCCUUCAGAAGUAUUUAAGACAAUAUUAGGAAAAAUAAAAAGUCUGUUUGAACGUGUAGAAAAUCACAUGAACGAUGACAUGGCAUCUAGUAAAUACGAUAUUGAUAAAUAUUUAAUGCAGAAAUUGCAAAAUGGAGCUGCAUUAUGA